AUGGGUUCAGCUCCUCUAGUGGUCCAACACUUCAUGGAAUUCUUGGUAGUCGACCACAGAUCGCCCUACCAUGGAGUAUUGGGAAGACCCGCCUUGAAAGAUUUUUGGGCUAUCACCUCCAUGCAUUACUUGUGUAUGAAAUUUCCGACUGAACAUGGGAUUACCACGGUACGAGGUGACCAGAUGGGCUCCAGGGCAUGUUACUUAAACUCUUUGCAAAAAUCGGAGCCCCGAACUGUUAAUGUGAUCAUAACUGAAGUUGCCACCGAACCCAAUUUGGACAUGGAAAUGAUCGACGCCCCUGAACGAGGGCAUACCUCCGAACAGGAGGAAAACGUUGACAUGGAAGAAGCCCCAGAGGAAGGGCACCCUCUUGAUGAAUUAGAUCCCCGAAUUAUUGACUCCAAGCCAAAUGCAACCCCAGUAGAAGUACUUGAGACCUUCGUCGCCAACCCAGAGGACCCCAUUGCCAUCAUCAUAAAAUCAACCCCUUCUGUACCCCCACAUAGGCAGAAAAAACGUGCUCUCAACCUGGAGCGGUACGAGGCACUCAAGGACGAAGUAGAUAAACUUAGCCACAGCGGCUUCAUUAGAGAAGUCAUCUACCCGAAGUGGAUAUCCAACUCAGUCCUGGUGAAGAAGCCCAACGGAAGGUGGAGGAUAUGCGUAGACUUCACAAACUUAAAUAAGAUACCCAUGUUCCGACCCAAUGAGGAGGCUACGUCAUUCAUCAUAGACAGGGGACUAUACUGCUACAAAGUCAUGCCCUUCGGAUUGAAAAAUGCUAGAGCUACAUAUCAAAGGUUGGUCAACAUGAUGUUUUUCGAACUCAUUGGAAAAAUCAUGGAGGUCUACGUGGACGACAUGCAAGUCAAAAGCUUUCAGGCUAACGAACACGCCCACUCAAUUGAAGUCCUCACCAACUUCCCAUUAAAGCAAGUUCUACAGAGAACGAACGCAUCAGGACGCCUGCUAAAAUGGGCAAUCGAGCUUAGUGAGUUCGACAUACUAUUCCGACCUCGACAUGCCAUCAAGAGCCAGGCCCUUGCAGAUUUUGUGGCAUAG